AUGGAGAGUCCUGGAGCUGUCUACGUAGAGCAGCUCCGCUCGGGGGGGUUUCAGAGCGCGACUGAGCGCGCUCUGCAUCAACCCGCGCCCGGCCUCGCGUGCAGCCACUGCCGUAGCGCCACCAAGCGGGGCUGUGGCUGGCCCGAAGCCAGCAAAGCACUGAGCGACGAGGAGAACGCGCAGCUGUUCGGGAAGUGCAAUAACCCCCACGGCCACGGGCACAACUACAAAGUUGUAGUCACCGUGCGUGGAGAGAUUGAUCCAGUCUCAGGAAUGGUUUUAAACCUGACAGACCUGAAAGAAUAUAUGCAGGAGGCAAUCAUGGAGCCACUUGACCACAAAAACCUGGAUAAGGAUGUGCCCUACUUUGCUGAGGUUGUGAGCACCACCGAGAACGUUGCAGUGUUCAUCUGGGAAAACCUCAAGAAACUCCUGCCCAUGGGGACUCUUUAUAAAGUUAAAGUGUAUGAAACAGACCAGAACAUUGUCGUGUACAAAGGAGAAGAAACAAUCUCUGAGAAGUGAGCCUAAGCUCAACUGACCAGAAACUCCACUG